GGAUCGAAAGCUGACCAAAGCGGAGCAGCAGCGUUUUAAAGAGGAGGCUGAAAUGCUGAAAGGUCUACAGCAUCCCAAUAUUGUGCGUUUCUAUGACUCCUGGGAGUCUGUUCUUAGAGGCAAGAAGUGCAUUGUCCUGGUGACUGAGCUCAUGACCUCAGGAACGCUCAAAACGUACCUUAAGCGCUUUAAAGUGAUGAAGCCCAAGGUUCUACGCAGCUGGUGCAGGCAAAUCCUAAAGGGUCUACAGUUCCUACACACCCGCACGCCACCCAUUGUGCACCGUGAUCUCAAGUGUGACAAUAUCUUCAUCACGGGCCCGACCGGUUCAGUAAAGAUUGGUGACCUAGGCCUUGCCACCCUCAUGCGGACAUCGUUUGCCAAAAGUGUGAUAGGUACACCAGAGUUCAUGGCCCCAGAGAUGUACGAGGAGCACUAUGACGAGUCAGUGGAUGUCUAUGCCUUUGGCAUGUGCAUGCUAGAAAUGGCUACCUCAGAGUACCCAUAUUCAGAAUGCCAAAAUGCUGCACAGAUCUACCGCAAAGUCACUAGUGGUAUCAAGCCUGCCAGUUUUGACAAAGUAAAUGACCCUGAGGUAAAAGAAAUCAUUGAGUGCUGUAUUCGCCAAAACCAAUUAGAGCGGCUCUCAGUGAAAGACCUUCUUAAUCAUGCCUUCUUUGCGGAGGACACCGGUGUGCGUGUGGAGCUUGCUGAAGAAGAUACAGGCUGCAUAGACUGCCUCGCCCUGCGCAUCUGGGUAGAAGACCCAAAGAAACUCAAAGGCAAGCACAAAGACAACGAGGCCAUCGAGUUCAGCUACGACUUGGAGAAUGAUAGUGCUGAAGAGGUCGCACUAGAGAUGGUGAAGUCUGGUUUUUUCCAUGAAAGUGAUGCUAAGGUGGUGGGCAAGUCCAUCAGAGACAGGGUGACUCUAAUUAAGAAGUCCCGUGAAAGGCGGCAACAGCAGCUCCUCCAGCAGCAGCAGCAACAACAACAACAGCAAAGUCUGGAUGAGCGCCGUGACUCCUCGGUCUUAACCUCCUCCUUUUCUUAUGUCCAGCCUUCUGGCACCAACUCCUCACAAGUCACAGGAGCUGCUGCAGCUGCUGGGGGUCAGGGCGAAGCAGAGGAGCUUCCGGAAGUGGACCAACAUGUCCAACAACAAGGCACUGCAUUGGGCCUCACAGAGGGUGAGAGUCUUCCUGUUGUCAGUGGCCAAAGCCAAGCUUUUUCUGUACCCGAGACAGGGAACCAAUGUGCUCAUGCUCAAACCAGCUACCCCACUGGCACAUCUGGAGUGAAAGGAGCAGGGGUUAUGUCUCACCCCCAGCUGCUCCCUAUUGGUCAGAGCGGAGGGGUUCCAAAUGUGCCUGUUGGCCAAAAUGGAGGGGUAUCUGGGAUAUCCAUGGGCCAAAGUGGUGGUGGGGCUCCUAAUAUUCCAGUGGCACAGACUUUCAUUCAGCCAGUCACUAUGGCAUCACAGGUCCCAUUAAGUGUGCCUCAACAAUAUUCCCAGCCCCUUCCACCAUACUCAACAGAUGUUACAUCCUCGCAAAUGUUACAAUCCAGACCCACUGACGUCUCCACCCCCCAUAGUUCUGUUGUACAGUCACAGUCAUACAUCCCCCCAGCAUCAUCCCAGGCACCCAUGACUGUCCACACAUCCUCCAUCCCAGCUGGAGAACCUAUAGCAUCAGCAGGCAACAUAAUACCACCUAUGCAGACCCAAACUAUUAUUGCUCCUGUGCAACCCACUGAUUUUUUGCCCCAGCAAACUACAGUUCAGACGCAACAGCAGGUGAUGUCAGAAUUGCCCGGAACGGUGCAACUGAAGAUUCAGCACCAGACAGUAUUGUUGCCACAGCAAACAGAUCAUGUUCAACAAAUGGCGGUUUUGUUACAACAGCCACAGCAUGUAGAACAACCCCAGGUGGUUCUGCAGGAACAGCCAACACAUUCCAGUGCAUCUCAGCAGCCAUAUAUCCCAUUGCCACAGCAGAAACAGCAAACAAUGACCAACCCACAGCAAAGUGAUCUACAUCAGCAGGUGUACAUACAGCAACCUGCAAGCAAACCCCAACAGCAAGUUGUGAUACAGCAGCAAGUUCAGCAGCAUCGGGCAUCAGUACAACAACCCCCAGUGGAACAAUAUCAACAUCAGACUCAGCAACAACAGGCACAGCAAGUUUAUUUGCAACAAAUGGCUGAAUCGCAAGAGCAGAACAUGGUAAAGACCUUUGUACAACAGCCGCCUGUACUUCAAACAAUCCAGCAGCCAUUACAAUUGAUGGAGCAACAACAACAGCAACUUCUGAUCAGGCAACAAAUGGAGCAGCAACAGAAGGCUGUUUUGCAAAAUCAAAUGGAGAAACAACAGCAAGUUUAUAUUCAGUCACCGCAGCAGCAACAAGUUGAACAGAAACAAAUUCUUCUGCAGCAACAACAAAACUUGGCAGUACAGCAACAGAUCGAGCAACAGCAGCAAGCUUUACAGCAACAAAAGCAAAUUGAACAGCAGCAAAAGGCCAUUUUACAGCAACAGGUGGAACAGCAAAUACAACAGCAACAGGCUUUGUUUCAACAGCAGCAACUGGAGCAACAGCAAGCAUUAUUGCAACAGCAGCAGCAUGAACAGCAACAGGCUCUUCUGCAGCAACAACAAUUGGAACAGCAAGCUUUGCUACAACAACAGCAGCAACUCCAGUUCAAGCAGCAACAAGCUAUUUUACAUCAGCAACAAUUAGAACAGCAACAGCAGGCUUUGUUUAAACAGCAUCAACAACAACAGUUGGAGCAACAGCAAGCUCUUUUACAACAUCAGCAGCAACAAGCACUCAUUCAGCAGCAGCAACAGUUAGAGCAAAAAGUACUGCUACAGCUGCAACAGCAGCAACAAAUCGAACAGCAACAAACCAUAUUACACCAGCAACAGCCGCAACUACAGAAGCCGACAGAUCAACAAUUGCAACCGCAGACAGAGCAGCAACAUCAGACAUUGAUACAACAAAGAGAGUCACAGAUGCAUCAACAUCUUCUGAUGCAACAACACCAGAUCGAAUUACAGCGACAACAAGCCGAAAAACAACUGCAACAAGCUUUAUUGCAGCAACAGCAUUUUGACCAACAUGGUACUCUGGCAGAUCACAUCGGGCAACAGCAAGCAACCCUAGGGAAAGCACAGCCUACGGAGACGGCCCAGCAGAUUAGCCAAAUGCAGCACUCUCAACAAAUGAUGCCCCCACAACCUCAGCCCCAUCUUGCUCAACAACAAACUGAACAGCAACAUGUCUUUAUUCAGCAGCAACAAGCUGUCGUCCCACAGGCAUUGCACAGACCAUCUCUGGUAGAGUUACAUGUUCCAACCCCUGUUCAAGCAGUACCAAAAAUGGUUAGCGCUCAAAUACCUAGUCAAUUACCAGCCCCAGUACUCAUCCAGCAACAGGUACCACCACAGAUCUCAGCUCAACCUUCAGCACAAGUUCAGAUCCAAAAUCAAGGGGAGCCUGCGAUUUAUGGUCAGAUACCCUUGAAGGCUCAAAGUCAUCCUGCACCGCAGUCAAUGGGAGGCCAUAUUGCAGGCCAGCUGCAAGUUCCACAACCAACCCAACAAAUCACAUCUCCAACACAGGUUCCUACACCACAACCCAUUCAUUCUUUUGUCCCAACUCCAACACAAUUGGUCUCACAAGGGCAAACUCUUGCAUCCCAAUCUCAGUUUGUUCCACCUCAAGCUGCAGCUUCUCUCCAGUGCCAAUCUGUAGUAGGGUCAACUAAUCCUGCACCUCUUGUGCAUGCUACAGUGCCGGCUGCUUCUACACUUCUACCAACACAAUAUGUUCAAGCACCUGUUGCUUCUCAAACCAUCCAGUCUGUUCAGCUAGACCUCACACAAUCUGUGAAACAACAAUAUGAGCAAGCAGUACUGUCUCCUGUGUCACUUGCACCUACCAUCAACCCAAUGGCCACCUUAUCAACACAAUGCUAUUUACAACAGACAAACCAAUCUCAAAUGCAGGCCCAGGCUCCCCCAGUUAUCCAAGCUCAGCAACAACCAGUCAGUGUGGCCUCAAUGCAGCCCAUGCCUCCAGUGCAACCUCAGGCUACACAACAGUAUGAGCCGCAGCUGCCUCAAGCCCACCAUGUGCAGCAACAGCAACCCCUCCACCAUCAGCAUCAGGCCCAACCUGUGCAUCAUCCUCUGCCACUGAAUGCUGUCCUACCACAAGAUCUCCACCAACAACCUAGUCAGCCACAACCUGUAAUCCAACAUAUGCUCCCGAUUCACAUUGCACUCAGUCAGGUACCUCAGACAAAGGCUAGAACAGUACCUCUGUACAGUCAGGUAGUCUCGGGUCCACCACCCUCCCCACAGAACCAGCAGAAACCAACCAUUCCUGCUCAAACGCACACGCAGUCCCACAUAGAGGCUACUGGGAGUUUUGACCAGCCUCCUACCUUUAUUCCAUCACAGAUCCCCCCAAGUCCAUCUCAUGCUUCCCUACAGCCCUCUGCCACACUCCAAGCCCAACAACCAGCUAUCCCAGUUUCAGAAAUUCCUGUCACAGUGGAGGCACAGCUAACUCAGACAAGGCCUGCUGACAUGAUCCCUGCUUCCCCUCCUGCUGUCAGUGCUUCACAGUCCAGUGACUGUAAUGGAUCUGUGUUGCCCACCACCUCACUGGCAGAAAGCGACACUGCAUUGCUGGGCAUUGCUCAGGAGAGCCUCAAUCAGUCGGCCAAUAGGGGUUCUUCAUCAGGCUCUGCUCCUGCCAAUGGAGAUGAGGCCCAAUCAAUGUGGGCCAGUGGAAAACUAGAUAAGGUAAAAUCUCAGAGGAGAUCAUCCUGUCAAAAAGCUGAAAAAACUCACUUUCAACUGAGCAUGUUGCAGGUCUCAGGCACAGGGGACAACAUGGUAGAGUGUCAGCUGGAGACUCACAGCAACAAGAUGGUCACAUUCAAGUUUGACAUUGAAGGAGAUGCACCAGAGGACAUUGCAGAUUAUAUGGUGGAGGAGGAUUUUGUUCUUGAGCCGGAGAAAGAGAAAUUUGUUGAGGAGCUGAGAACUAUAGUGAAGAAAGCUCAAGGAAUACUGAGCACUCACUCACAGACUGGGUCCUUAGAGCAACUCCAUGUGAGCACCCCAUCCAGUGCAACAAUGGAUUCAGCCCCUCAGUCUUCCCCAGUGGGUCGCUGGCGAUUCUUCAUUAACCAAACUAUUCGCCAUCGUGACUCACACUCCAACCAGGGAGCUUCUACUCCCCCUCCAGUGGGAGAGACCCGAGUCCCCAAGUCCACAGAAACAGAGAAAGAUCAUGAGAACCCUCAGCGCUCAGAGUCUUUUCCUGGGAUAGCAACUUCCCCAAGUUCUUCACUGUCUGCAUCCUCUCCUCCAAUCUCUACUGUGUCAGCUCCUGCAUCCAUGUCAGCUUUGGUUAUUGCUGCCCAAAAAGACUUAACACCCGCUACCUUGCCAACAGCAGAGCAACUCUCCUCUGCUACCCUGACUGCAGGCCCAAUACCUGUCAUGGCCUCCAGCACCUCUGCUGCUCCUUUCCCUGCAGUCGCGACCCUCAUUGGCUCCAGCGUGGACCAAGGAAAAGCUGCAGUUAAAGGUGAGGGUGAACAGACCCCCUCUACCUUAUCUAUUUAUGGGACUCAUUCAGCAUCGCUAAUGAGCCACGCUGAUCCUUCACCGCAACUUGUACCACAAACCCAGAUUGCACCCUUGCAGGCACCAGAUGUACUUCAACAAACCCAGGCACUACAGUCAGCAAUGGCCACCACUGAACAAGCUCAGAAACAGCCAGUGUCCCAAGUCGCUCCACAGCCACCAAUACUCCAGCCUAGUGAGUCAAAAACACUAUCACAGCCAAUGCCAAUGGAGACGGCACCUUCGCAGGGAGGUCUUUCAGCUGCCCAAGUUCAGCAGGUUCCUCACCAACAAGUACCAAUUGAAACUCAACAGCCGGCAAUGCAACACGCUGCUUUCUUACAGCAACACAGCCUUCAAACAGCCACUGCUGAGCAGAUCCAACAGCACAAGGUAGAACAGAAUAUGUCUCAAGAAACCACAGCGAUACUGACCAUGCAUCUACAGCAUGGCCUCCAAACCCAGGAUCCCUCAACAUUUCCAUUUCAACCAGUGAUCCCACAGCAGCUUCCCGCUGAGCAAACGCAGAUGUUAUUUCAGCAGGUACCGCAUGAUAUGGUGCCUAUGACACAAACAGCAGUGCCUCCGGCUGUACAGAAGCAAGCGUCUAUCCAGCAGUCGGAGUCUGAGCUGUCCACAGGUGAAGACACCGUCAGCCACUCCGCCCCACCCCAUCCCUCUUCGGACACGUCUCUCCCACCCCUGCCGCUGUCUGAUACGGCUCCCCCUGCCCUCUCCCACACUUUCACACCCUCUCCAGCCCAGCCCUCCUCGGUAGCGGAGUCAGACAGUGAAGGCCCACCCAAAAUUGAGUUUGUGGACAACCGGAUCAAGACAUUGGAUGAGAAGCUGAGGACUCUUCUGUAUCAGGAACACAGUGGUAGUGGGGCAGCCCUGGGAAGUGGCUCCACCAGCGGCUCUGCUCCUGCCCCCAGCUCCACCUCGGGAUCUGCUGUGGCCUCCACCGGAGUGGACGAGUUUUCAGAGCCCCCCAACACAUUCUCCGCUCCUCCUGCAACUUCUUCAGACACCUCCCCUCACUCCACCUCUUCCACCACGUCCUCCACCACCCCUCGCUCUUCCUCUACCUCUCCGGAUGGAGAGCGGGAGAGAGCAGGUGAGGAGGAGACGAUCCCGUCUGCUGUGCAACAUCAGCCUGCCUCAUCCUUCUCCGCUACAUCCCCUCCUUGCUCUCUCGUUUCCCCUCCACAGGAGCCUGCAUCCCCAAAAGUACCCAGUGAAUCAUUCAUAAGUGCUCCCCCUUCCCUCACUGAAAGCUCCACUCCUGGAGAUGUUCUGUUGCCUUCCUCUUCUCAGCCGCCGGUCCCCCUGUGGCCUGGACAACAGCAGCAGCAGCACUAUGAAGGAGGUGGAUAUUUUGGCCUAAACCUGACAUGUCCUAGUAUCAGAAAUCCUGUUAGCAAGAAAUCCUGGACUCGCAAAUUCAAAAGCUGGGCAUGCAAACUGCGCCACUCCGCCAGCUUGUUCAAGAAGCCCAGAGUCCAGCAAGAUGGCAACUUGAGCCAGGGGAUGAAGGAGGAGAGGGAGGCAUGUACAAAUGACCAACCCUGCUCACGCAGAGGCCGUUUCCAGGUGAUUCCAGUGUCCCAGUCUGCAGAGCCCCUUCCAACACAGGAAGCUGCACCAAGCGAAGGGAUCACACAAAGAAAAGUUGGGCGUUUCUCAGUCUCCCAGGCCAAACAGAGUGAGGAGCAUUUGACGGACAGCUCCCCCGUUUCACCUGACCUUGAGCGUGAGAGGAGAAAAUCUAAAGGAAAAGAUGCUACAGCACCCAGAAGUCAUGCACACUUGCCUCAGGGCAGCAGUGACGAUGAGAGCGAGGUGGAGGAUGAAGAUUUGAGGAGAGAACUGCACAAGCUGAGAGAGAAACACAUCAAAGAGGUGGUGUCCCUGCAGGCACAGCAGAACAGAGAGCUGCAGGAUUUGUACAAGCAGCUCCGCUCUCUUAAAGACCACAGACUGCCUCUGUCCAUGACGCUGCCACGGACCUCUCCUCUGCCCACCGCACCCCUUGCCAUCUCCCCGCGUAGACCCCGACCCGCCAAAGCCAGGCUUCGGCCCCGACCCCACUCUCACAUGGAUAACAACGGAGUCACACACCAAGACCAGAGUCCUUCAGCCCAGGGUUCUGCCAAUAGAAAGAGCACAUUCACAGAUGAGCUGCAUAAGCUUGUUGAUGAGUGGUCAAAAGAAGCAGUUUGCCCAGUCCAGCCCAAGCCUUCACUGAAUCAAAUCAAACAGAUCCAACAAGUGCAGGAGUUUGGCGGAUGGGGCCAGACCACUGAGACAACAGCUUCAUCGGGUUGGUUUUCCGGAGCCCCUUUGACUGCUCCAGUAUCAGUCAGCAUGUCUACGAUGGCUCCUUCCCCGUAUAGUACCAUCAGUGAACAAACUCAGCCGCCUCCAACGCAAUUUCCCAUCGCUCCUCUAUCACAGCAGAACAUGCAUCUGCAACCUGCCCUGCACCUCCAGCCCCUGCGGUACAGCCCAUCUCCCCUGCACCCGCAGCAGGUCCCAAUCCUGUCAGGAUCCCAGCCCCCGGUGCCCAGUGCACCUUCCCUCAUGACUGCAGCGGGGCCUCCGCUGCCCCCCACCACCAGCAUCACAGCCGCCUCUGCCCCCACCGCCAAUCAAGACGCCGUCUUCUGCUCUAGCUCCUCCUCGUCAUGCUCCUCUUCCUCCUGCUCCACCUCCGUUCUGCCUCCCAGUGCCAAACAUCACCCCAAACACUCCACAUCCACCCUUCCUUUAGGACAGCAGUGAGAAGAUGGACACCGCUGUACAUCUUGUACAGGAAGGACACUAGUAUCAAGCAGUUGCGUGUUGGUGUGUGUGGGUAUGGGGGUGUAUAAAUACUGUAGUGUGUUUGUGUGAGCGUGCGUUUGUGUUGCAUUUUUUCAAAACAUAUCCUCUGUGUGUUUCUGCACCAUCAAGUUUUCUAUCUGACUUAGUUGGGUCCUAAACUUCCCCUAUAUAGAGACAUUUUUGACAUGAGGUGAUCCUCUUUGUUUUUAUUUAUCAGUGGAUUUUAAAAAGUGCAAUUAGUAACUGAUAUUUAAAUCCAUCUUUUCUGUGUUGUUGUGACAUGGAUCUGUAUAGCUUAAACGAAAUAUUUUUUUAUAUAUAUACGCACAGAAAAGACAACAACAACCAGACGUCAGCAGCGACGCACCAUCUUUAUAGAGCACAACAGAUUCAGCCGGCGGCGGGAUCGAUCGCAUGUUCCAACGCAGAGCAUGGUAACCUUGCAACCAUCAUCGUAGCUACGAAAACAAUCGCUGUGCACGGAUAAGGCAUGCUCCUCAUGUAUUAUAUUUUAUGAUGAAAAAAAAAAAAACGUAGCGUUUUAGAUUUAGCCGAGAUUUUUUUCUAGAGUAACAAAUAGCCAUUGACUAAUUCCUUUCAAGAUCCUGCAAUUGAUUCUGAAAAAAAAUAUAUAUUCAUUUGGUUUCAAAUGAAACUAGCUAAUGUGAUUGCAGUAUUUUCCUCUCUGUUUUAGCAGACAUUCAAGGUUUACACUAUUAACAUUAUUCCCAUGGUGAAGAGUGCAAGACUAGGCGGCUGUUUGGACAGCUCAAGUGAAGUAAAUGCAGCUUGUUCUUGUUCUUGUGUAUUUUUGCACAGUCCCGUAUGAACGUGCUUCCGUGCACACCGAACUGUGAUCUGUAAACUGUGAGUUUGCGUUUAGUGAAUGCAAAACGCUGGCAAAAAGAUGUAUUCCUCAUCGGAUCUGACAUCAGAUACUACUCUGGUGGAAAAUGUUAUAUAUACAUAUACAUAACUGCCGAGCAAAUUAAUGAUUGAGAAAACAUCCAGAAAUUGGUUUCCUUUCUACAGUGUAUUUUUCCUGACCAUAAAGCUUUUAUGUGAUUCAGCUAGACCAAGAUAUCAGAGGCCAGCCUUUAAAUCAGCAGCUACGCAACUCUGUUGUACAGCCGGACCACUAAAGAUUUAUAAAGUGGUUGUCAGACUGCAUCCUCCACUGACUGUGUUCUUUAAUGUUUUGUUGGAAAAAGUAACGGAAGGUUGGUAUGAAUGAGGCAACCUGCUUUUUUCAACAAGUGGGUGAGAGAAAUAGGGUGGAAUGUAUUGUGUAAAGCGCACAGGGAAUGAGGGUCCGGUUUGUGUUGUGAAGCUUUUUGAAUCGUGCUAAUGCUUGAACUUGUGGAUGUUACAAAAAGAGGUCAACAUGACCGCUGCCAACAGAGGGUUGUGAUCAUUCAGUUUCCAGUAUUUCAUGUCAUUUUCCUAAAGACAAGACCCACCUCUUCGCAGUAAACCAACAGUACAGCAGUGGUGAGUAUAAAGGCUGUUGGGUGUAAGAAAACUCAAAACAUUAUCUAUUUGAUCCGUACAAAUGGGAAAUGUAAAGAUAACCCUCUGCUGAAGUGUUACCAACAUGUAAUCUAAAAAGAAAGCAUUAUUUUUGUAUUUGAAGGGUUUUAAAAAAUAAUUAAAAUUGUGUACUGAUCAGUGUUGAGAAAGCUGUGAUACACAGGUCCUAAAACAGUUCCUCGAGUUCCCCCGGCUUCCAACUUUACCCCAAAUGUUUGUUUAAAGAUUACAGCAUGAUAUACAUUUUUUUUUUUUUUUUUAGAGGGGAUUUAAUUCAGUGCAAGUCAUUUGGAAUAUUAGAAGCCAAAUCAUUUCUACAGUGGAGGUGAUGUGUGGGUAAAGCUGUACAGUAAAACCAGGGGGAACACAGAAUUACUUUACUCACCACCAAUAAUUAAAAGGUUAUUUAAGUGAAAAUAAUCUAUAGAGGACUAAACUUAUUGCUGGUGAUUUAGCUAUUGUAAAUUAUAACUAAUUCAACUGUUGAUUCUAUUUAUGUUUUGUAACUAAUCAAAAAUAAACAUCACAUGUUAAACAUCAA